AUGAUAAAAUAUGCCAAUAUUGGAUUGCGUUACGUACACAUUAUAUUAGGCUUUUUAAUUAUGGGUUUUAUAAUAGCUGUUCUGUCAUCUUUAUUACCAGUAUAUUUAGACAUGAUUGCACCAUUAAAUGAGCCUCGACCAAGAAUUGCGUUUUUAAAAGUCAAUAUCAUUACUGAUCCAAACGAAAAUUAUUUCAUGCACUACUUUGCGUGUUUGGUGCUUAUGAUUGUUACGGAUUAUAUUGUAAUGUCUAUUCUUUUCGCUUUUUUAAUUUUCGAGUAUCACAUUUUUGGAAUAUUCAACAUUAUCAAGUACCGUUUACGAUUGGCAACAACGGAACUUGCAGAGAAAAAAGAAGAAUCCUAUGACAUGAUUAUUUCUGCUAUUAAAUUACAUCAAGAUUGUUUAAAAAUUGUGACGACAGUCGACGAAUCCUUUAACAUAUUAUUUGGCUUCAGUAUUUUAGAAUUGUUAAUAUUUCUUAGCAUCAUACCAGUCGCUAUACUUGAAACAGCCAACUUUUAUGAGUUAGCCAGACAAAGUACGUUUUUGGUUGCAGUAGCAGGGGCUUUAUUUGUACUAAAUUGGCCUGGACAGUUAUUAGUAAAUGAAAGCGAAGAUUUGUUUUUAUCAACGUAUAUGGGCGAAUGGUAUCGAUUGUCAAAGGAAUCAAAAAUUUUGCUUAUAAUUAUAAGGUAUAGAUGCAUACAACCUUGUAUGUUUACGGCAGGGACGUUUUGCACUUUAAACUACGAGACUUUCGCUCUGAUCAUGAAAUCAGCGUUUUCUUACAUGACCUUUCUAAAUUCUGUACGGCAGUAG